GAGCGACGCACCUGUUGGCUGGCGCCCCGGGCCCCGCCCGCCCUCCGCCUCCGCCCGGAAUGCCCAGCCCGGCGAGGGUGACGGCGGGAGGGACAGUGCGAGCCCAGGGCACCGGCGUGGCGGCGGCGGCGCGCGGCCCCGGGCGCACCAUGGCCGAGCUGCUGCGGAGCCUGCAGGAUUCCCAGCUCGUCGCCCGCUUCCAGCGCCGCUGCGGGCUCCUCCCCGCGCCGGACGAAGGCCCGGGGGAGAACUGCGCGGCGCCCGGGCUCGAGCAUCUCCCGGCGGCCACCGGCAAGGGCUGCGGGGAGCCGGCCAAUGGGCUGCGGAGGGUCGCGGCCCCGCAGGCUGAUGUACAGAAGUACAUUGUGAAGAAUUAUUUCUACUAUUACCUAUUCAGAUUUUCAGCCACUUUGGGUCAAGAAGUGUUCUACAUCACGUUUCUUCCAUUCACUCACUGGAAUAUUGACCCUUAUUUAUCCAGAAGACUGAUCAUCAUAUGGGUUUUGGUGAUGUAUAUUGGCCAGGUAGCCAAGGACAUCUUGAAAUGGCCCCGCCCGUCCUCCCCUCCUGUUGUGAAACUGGAGAAGAGAGUGAUUACCGAGUAUGGAAUGCCGUCUACCCACGCCAUGGCAGCCACGGCCAUUUCCUUCACCAGCCUCAUCUCGACUAUGGACAGAUACCAGUAUCCCUUUGUUUUGGGACUGAUGAUGGCUGUGGUGUUUUCCACCUUGGUGUGUCUCAGCAGACUUUACACGGGGAUGCACACAGUCCUGGAUGUGCUGGGUGGUGUCCUGAUCACCGUGGUCUUCAUUGUCCUCACCUACCCUGCCUGGACCCUUAUCGACCGCCUGGACUCUGCCAGCCCCCUCUUCCCUGUGUGUGUCAUAGUGGUGCCGUUCUUCUUGUGUUACAAUUACCCGGUGUCUGAAUACUACAGCCCCUCCAGAGCAGAUACCACCACCAUUCUGGCCGCCGGGGCAGGGGUGACCAUAGGAUUCUGGAUCAACCAUUUCUUCCAGCUCAUGUCCAAGCCCAUUGAAUCUUUCCCUGUUACUCAGAACAUCCCACCACUCACCACUGACGUGUUUGUUUUGGGUCUGACCAAAUUUACUGUGGGAAUUGUGUUGAUCCUCCUGGUUCGUCAACUUGUACAAAAUCUCUCGCUGCAAGUAUUAUUCUCGUGGUUCAAGGUGGUCACCAGGAACAAGGAGGCCAGGCAGAGACUGGAGAUCGAAGUACCUUACAAGUUUGUCACCUACACGUCUGUUGGCAUCUGCGCUACAACCUUUGUGCCAAUGCUGCACAAGUUUUUGGGAUUACUCUGAGCCUCAAAUGGUUGGAAAUUAGCCCACUGGACAUGAGAACCAAGACAUAGGAAAGUUGUUGGGUGGGCAAGUCUUGACAACAGAGUUUUCUUUAAAAAAAAAAAAAUCCUUAAGUCACAUGUCUGUUUUGCUGCUGUCUGUGAUAAAUGCUACUGCUGUAUGAAAGGAAAAAUUAUCUCACAUGCACCAUUCAUCUGUAAGGGUCACGCUGCAGUGGAAGCUGGGCUAAAACCCAGAAUCAAGUUCCUUAAGGGUUCCCCACCCUGUCUGUUACAGGCGCUUUGGGCCUUGUCAUGGGCUGACAGGAAUCGUGGCCUGGUUUAGGAACGGCCACCGGCCCCGCUGGGCUGUGGAGCGCCAACGGAGAUGGGCAGGAUCUGGGAGACUGGAGGUUGGACAUUUCUUUUCAAUUAAAACCUUGCCCAGCACUGAGUCUUACUCCCAAAUUGGAACUUUGGUCAAGGAGAAAGGGUGGCACCAUGUAAAACUGCAUUCCUUGGACAGGAUGACUGUCAUUAUGAUCAAAUUAGACUGUGCCUGCUUGGGUGGUUAAGAGCGCUGGAAACCUUACUGUGAGGUGAUGAGGGCCGUGGCAAAGCUGUGCGAUCAUGGGGAAGAGCUUGCUUUCCCUGUGAGUCCCAGUCUCUGCUGGCGUGUGUGUU